GAUUUAUUCUGAUUUAAAGUUCCUCACCAGAAGUGUAAAUAAGCAGCAGCAUAUAAAAUAUAUCAUGAAGCGCUGCAUGUCCAUCGCAGGGGUCUGCAUGCAGUUUUGCAUGAAGAAGCAACAAGGAACAUGAUCCUAUUAAUGCCAACUUAGUUACAGUAUGUCACAGUAAACAUUUUGUUUGCAUGUUCCUUGGGAAUUGAGCAUGGGAGUACACUAUGCAAUUUGGUAAUUCUACGAAACGGAUCUCUUCUGGAUCUUAUGCAAAUGCACAUGGAGAGAGGAAAAAGACAUUUUGAAUGUCAAAUAUUUCCUUUCUGAAUGACCUGAGAAUACACUGCUAGACUUCUCAGGUAGAGGAAGAGCUUUGCCCAAGAUUAAGGUAGGUAGAUUGUUUUUAUUUAAUUGAGGAGGUAGGGAAAUUCUUCUGAGACCUUUUAAAGUGACUCAUUUGAUGCAGGUAAAGCACCGUUGUACUUUUAGGAUUUUAAAUCAUUCUGUAAUUUCUCUAAGGCAAGCAUAAGAGACAUAACAUAUGUACAAAUGUCCAAAAAGAUGGGUCAAAUCUAUAGAAUUGUAAAGAUUUUUUUGUACGAUAAUGGAUUAUGGUUGUAGAUUUAUGCAUUCAGCAUGAUGAACAAAUUAUAAUUCUGUAUCAUGAUCAAAUAUAAGGUGGUUGUGUUUAUAGUAUUUUGUUUGUAUCAUUCUUAAACAAUUUGGUUUUUAAUACUCAACAAUUUAUUUUGUUGUUUAUCAGCAUAUUUUAUGAACUGAAGCGUGAAGUAUUAGUAAUGUUUAUUAGCCUAAUCAUUAUUAAUAUUUUAAAUACAAAACCAUUCAAAAGUUUGGGGUCAUGCUGGGUCACAGCAUUGUAUGCAUCCUAGGGUGACAUUUAUUUUGUGACAUUAAUUUUAUAAUUUUUAUUUAUGUUUUUACAAAUUUUGGGCAACAGCUUUAACGAUGCAAAACAUAGUUUUAUUUUAUUAUAUUUUUAUUUUUUAAGUCACAAUAAUUCACAUAGUUAAAUUAUUUUUCCAUAGUUUUGAUGUGUUAACUUUUUUAAAAAUACAAACAAUAAUAUUUAUAAAUAAUGAGCAAGUAUCAAAAACUUUUGAUUGUUGUAUUAUUGAAUUAAUAAAAAAAGGCUUUGGCUGCUGUAAGAAAAUCCUCCUCAGUUAACGAAUGCAAUAUACACAACCGUCUGUGUUUCAUAUGUUUUCGUGUAUAUUUUCCACAGUAGAUAAAGCACAAAAGCCGUUUCACCAAUCAUACGAGGAGCUGUGUCAGAAGGCGACAGUCAUGUUGGCUGUUCUGUUGACUAUUUUCAUGUUUAGCCAAGGGUUUUCGAUGGACAAUUGUGGGACAAAUUUCAUCACGGCAUUCCCAGAGAACAUCGCAUAUUAUAGGAACAACCUUAACUAUCUCAAAAUCACUAUCCUCUUGCCAAACACUGACGUCAGCUUCAUCUAUGGAAGUGACGGCGUCAACAAUACUAGAAGCUUCAGCACUGCUGGGAUAACUUGGACCUUGAACUUAACUAAAGAUGUUGAAGAAUACCGGCUUACAUCAUCCAAUAAAUCCAUUAUAAUCCGCAGUAAUAACAACAUCACAGUGCUUUCCAUGACAGGAUGGCCAGGAAGGCUUCAGUCUCAUGUCAUCCAGCCUGAACAAAACCUCAGGACAGUGUAUACUAUCCCAACUAUGAAUUACACUGAGAUAAUAGGAGCAUUCGGCCUUUCAGUAUGCUUGGAGGUAAGGUACAGUUCGUUUAGGCUGCUCAUCAUCAACGCAGUGAACACAACUAAUACAGUCAGCAUUAAAAAGGUAGUUACGGGAGGUCAGAUCCAGAUAUCUACGCAAACGCUUAAUCCGUACUUCCUUUAUCAGCUGCAGAUUAACGGUGAAGUUACAGAAGUGAGUGGGACAGACAAAAUAGCCGUGAUAUUGAGUCAUCCAUGCUUUGAGUACAGAAACUGCUCCUGCUACAUGGUGAUGAACCAACUUCGCCCCGCAAUGCCGAACGGAGCGGUUGAACGUUUUCCCUUAACCGUAAGCUUCACGGAAGUCAAGCAGCUCUUCCUGACAACAAGCCAAAGUGUACAAGUCGCUGUAGGUGAUCUACAGGAUGGCGGUGGCACUCAGGUGCCAAAUUCCAAAGACAUCCUGCCCUUACUAAAUGUUGUCAAUAAUGCACCCCAAUUAAUUACAACAUCCAUGCCAGUUUCCCUCAGAUUAAUCACCCCUGGAAUCAUUUUAGACCUCAUUCCAGUAAGCAUGUUUUCUGGCUGCUUCUUGGUACAUUUUUAUUCCUCAAAAACUGGUGCCUUCAUCAUCGCAGAGACAUCCAGCACCGCGUCUGUGCAGAUGAAUCAUGCACCCUUGCCUUCAGCAACUACAUGGGAUGUAAUAAGUGGCACACAGUACUCCAUGACAACCAUUGAGAUUGGAACUACUCAACCUAUUUCAGCCACCAUUUGGCAUCCCAACUCAAAAAUCGCUGUGUACACGGUGGAACUGUGGAUGUCUGCCAUGUACGCAAGCCCAGCUAUAAUUAUAAAUGAUGAAGCAGAUCAUAAGGGCUGUGCAUUGACUCUUGGGAAAUUUGUGGUUGGCAACGAGGACCUGAACUGGACGAUGUCCCGUGAGUACUGCAACAGCAAUUCUGGUAACUUUGCCAAGAUCUUACUUAAAGAGAACCAGGACAUGAUGGACAGAAACAUAAUAGUCCCAAAACCCACUGACGGCUGGAUCGGUCUGCGCCGAAGCCUGUUUACCACAGAAUGGUACUGGAGUAACAGUGACAACAUUACUACCCCACUAAACUUCACUUACUGGGCAGAUAAACAACCUGAUCUACCCGAGAGAGGUUUGUGUGCUGCAGUGUCUAUGGACCCCGGGAAGACCUUCAUGUGGAAGAGUGCACCCUGUUGCUCUAUAAAGAAACCCAUCUGCUUUAAAAACCCUACAUAUAUCAUUCUCAAUCAAACUGCUGUAUAUUAAUUUAACAACAAAAACUGUGAGAGAAAAAAAUGAAAAUACUAUAAGUCUAUUCAGUAGUUGCUUAGAUCUUCUGGCAUUGCCUUAUAAAUAGAUGAAAAAUAAAACAGUGCUUAUAUUUAGAUAUAACAUUAAUGUUAUAAGAAAUUCAUGUUGUA